AAAAAGAAAGCCGCAGUCAUAUUUUACCGCCUAAAAAGCAAAUAAAAUAAUGAAAAACAUAGCAUCUCCCUAAAAACUAGAUUCCAACAUUUUUGCGACACUAGGAUAAAAGUGUGGAAUCAUUUGAGAAAAGCUCAAUGGAAUAUCAUAGCAAUAAUUAAAAUAAAGCGCUCUCAAAAUGGUUUCAAAACUCAAGAUCCAAUCAUCAAGCUAUGGGGCAGAGGGAGAAUCAUAUGCCACCCUUUGUGGACCACACCUUUGGUCCUUCACAGUUGAGCCAUCAUUUCUGCCGCACCCUCCCAUCCCAUCCCAUCAAAAGCGCAGGCACACGCCACCCCACGCCACCCCAGCAGCAUCAAGCCCCAUCUCGGCCGUCCGUUCCGACACGCACAGAAGGACAGAGUGAGAGGGAGGCGGCCGCAACCGCAAUGGCGACGCUGCCGCAGCGGUUCAAGCUGCUGGCGACGCGGUGCGCGGCGGGGGCGCCGAGCCCGUCGCGCAGCCCGGCGCCGGGCUACGCGGGGGCUGCCAGCCCUGGGUACCGCCUGCGCCGCCGAGGGGUCCUGGGCGGCGCCGGGGCCACCACCGCCAGCGCCAGGCGCCGCGGCCGCCUGCGCCGCUUCCUGUGCCGCCGCGGCGACGGGGCCGGGGCCGGGGCAUAGACGCUGGCGGCCGCGCGGCAGGAGGACGACAGGAAGCCGCUCUUCAGUGGUCGACACGGCCGCACGCUGCGGGAUCUGUUCGUCGCGUCCCCGGAGGCCGGACGCCGCAAAGCUGGGUGCAGCUGCGACUGCGGCGGCGACGACGACGAGGAUGACGGAGAAGACGACGGGAGGCCGGACGGUGCCAGCUCGGAUCCUGACGGCGGCGGCGCGUGGCGAGGGGGCCGGAGGUUCGGCUCCGGCGGGCUGCGGAGCCUGCUGAUGCGACGGAGCUGGCGGCCCGUGCUGGUGGCCAUCCCGGAGGGAGACGGCGGCAGCAAGAUCGAGCUCGGCGCCAUCGAGGAAUAAAUGGGAAGAAGAGUGGAAACGGCAGGGGGGAAUUGGAUUCUUGCGCCGUCUUCUUUCCGUCGUAUCGUACAGUAGCUCUGUUCUUCUUCUUCUUCCUCCGUUUUCCUCUUUGUUGUUUGUUGGCUUCGCCUCUAGUUCCUGUAGAUGACUGCGGUCUGCGGGCAUGCCCCUGUGAAUACGAUGCAAUGAAACACCAGGUUAAUUACUUGCAGGUUGCAAGAAAUAA